GCGGUACGCAAUUCCUAGAAUUCCCAUUGUUUUGCGGUUCGCUUGCACUAAGCUCUCUUAGUUAUUGUUAUUAAUACAUUUGCAGCCGCAGCGCUAUUCAAAAUAUCAGUUGUUCAAGUGCCGGUAAACUAUAAUAAUGUCUGUGCUUGCAUUUUUAUUAGCCGCGUUAUUGGCGCUGCUCUCAUUUAUAUUCUACUUGUUGCAUCGACGCAUGAACUAUUGGCGCUACCAGGGCAUACCACACGAUCCCCCACACUUUUUUGCUGGCAAUUUGAAGGGCUUACUGAAAACACGUAGCUUCGCCGAAAUUCUGCGCGAAAUAUAUACAAACCACAAGGGAUCAGGCCCUUUCUGCGGUUACUAUUUAUUUCAACGCCCCGCCGUGUUGGUCUUGGACAGAGCGCUUAUUAAGUGUAUACUCAUCAAGGACUUCAAUAACUUUGCCGAUCGUGGCAUAUUUCACAAUGAGAAAGACGAUCCACUCACUGGGCAUCUCUUUCGCUUGGACGGAAAUCAGUGGCGUGGGUUGCGUAAUAAGCUUACGCCUACUUUCACUUCGGGAAAAAUGAAAUUUAUGUUUCCAACUGUAUUGAAAGUGGCCGAUCAACUGAUGGAUGCCGUGGCGAAACGUAUUGCGGCGAAUGAGUAUGUGUGGGAUUGGAAGGAGAUGAUGGCCUGCUUUACCACCGAUGUGAUUGGCAAUUGUGCUUUCGGGAUCGAGUGCAACAGCCUGCAGGAUCCCCACGCUGAGUUCCGUGUUAUGGGACGCAAAAUAAUAGGGGCGCGUCGUCAUGGCGCACUGGUCAAUGCUUUCAUCAAUAGCUUUCCGAAUGCGGCACGUAGUUUGCGUAUGGCCAUUAUGCCACAAGAUAUAACAGAUUUCUUUUUGCGUAUCGUGCGUGAGAACGUGGAGUAUCGUCAGCGUAAUUGUGUGCACGCCAAUGAUUUUAUGAAUAUUUUGAUGGAUCUAAAUAAGAGCAAACAUUUGAAGAGCGAAAACGAUGAAAUGCGUGCGCUGAGCGUGAGCGAGAUGACAGCGCAGGCAUUUGUAUUUUUCGUUGCAGGUUUUGAGACAUCGGCGACCACUCUGGCAUUCGCACUGUACGAAUUGGCGCUGCAUCAGGAUAUACAGACACGACUGCGCAUGGAGAUCACAGAGACUAUCAAAAAACACAACAAUAAUCUGUUCAGCUAUGAGUGCAUGGAGGAGAUGCAAUAUAUGAAAAUGGUGCUUGCUGAAACCCAGCGGAAAUACCCGAUUGCGCCGAACUUAAUGCGUCAAGCAGCUAAAGACUAUGUAGUGCCGGGUCAUCCGGAAUAUGUCAUCAAGAAGGGCAUGAUGGUCACCAUUCCAACGAUUGGCAUACACUACGAUCCUGAAAUCUAUCCCGAACCAGAUACGUUUGACCCGGAACGUUUUGCUCCUGAGGCGGUAAAGUUGCGCGACUCUGUCGACUGGUUGCCCUUUGGCGAUGGCCCGCGUAAUUGCAUCGGUAUGCGCUUUGGGCAAAUGCAGAUGUGCGUCGGCUUGACUUAUCUUCUGCGCGAAUAUAAGUUCUCAGCCUGUGAGAAGACCCAAAUUCCGAUCGUUUAUCAGAAAUCUUUUCCGCUAUUUCCGCAAGGCGGCGUACAUCUGAAAGUGGAGAAGGUGCAGACAUAGGCUUUUUAACUAUUCUGCAUAUAUGUAUGUAUGUAUGUAUAUAUGUGUGCGUUUGUAUAAGCUGUUAGAGUUAAGUAGCAAAUAGUUAUCAUUUUGAAUUGCGAAAAUGAAUUCUCACUUCGUCUCGCAAUUAGUUACUUAAAACUAGUUCAAGUGUUCUUGAAAUAUUCACAAAAUACUUAAACGGAUUGCAAUGUAAUUCUUCUCGGAAAUGACAAAGUGAGAACGAGGAUAACAUGUUUAUGGUUUAAUGUAUGUAAAACUGUGUUAGUAUUUGUUACGUUUUGCUAAAAAAUAGAGUCAGUAAACACUUUUUUGUUAGCGCAAUAGACUUUGUUUGUGUUUUAGGUGAAUGAAAUGCACAACUGCGUUCUUUGCCUUUCAUUUCAUAGUCAAGUGGAACGAGUUCAACGUAUGAUGUGAAAUUCAAAUUGGUUUGCGCAGAUAUAGGGUGAGUAAAUACACUUGGAUGCUUAUUAAUAUGCGAAAGAAGAGCUACCUUAUAUUCAAUAUUAGCUUAUUAGCUCUACCAAUUAGGAUGAAAGGUUAAGUUUUAACUCGGGUUAAAAACUCAGUAGAGUUAAGACCGAUGUAUUUUUAUCCAUUUCGUACGAAAAUUCGUUUACUUACCUUAUAUAAUUUUAUUUUAUUUAUAAUUUGAAGCGUUAGUCAGGCUGAAAAGUGUUAAUGCAAAAAUGUCUGCCCGUGUUAAAUUUCGACCAAUGUAGAAAAAAUAUGUGGAUUCAACUCGUGUAGCCUUUGUAACACGAUCUAAUAAAGCGCUUAUGCAUAUUUGUGGAAUUUACUCAAUUUGAGUGUAGGUAAACAAAAAUGAAGUACAAACAGAGUAAUAAUGACAGCUGAUAACUCAAGUAAAGUUAGAUUAUGUUGGGUUAGAAUAAGAGAGUUGUCAAAAACAUGAUAAUUUUAGAUGUAAUUGAGGGCAGUUCUGGCAGUUUUGAACUGAAAGAAAAUCAGUCUUGCGAUACCACUAAAUCGUGGUUAGGAGAAAAAAGUAGAACAAAGAAGGUCAGAAUAGCGCUAGUAAAAUUGUUAAUAGUAACCGUUUGAGGUGGUGCACGCUAAUAAAAAAACUUUGAACGGCGGUUAAUAUCAACCCCAGAGUCAUCCUAGGAAUGUUCGUAAACUCGUAGUCCAAGUUUUUGAAUUUAAGUUUCGUGAAUACAGCAUAAGUGAGGAGAAGAUGAGUAGAUGCUUCGACUUUACUUACUUACUGCUGUCCUGAUCUCCUCGUGGAGCAUAAGGCAUGUAUAAUAUAUCUAAAUCGCACUCUGUUAGGUGCUGCACUCUAAAUGGCAUUCCAGUUGUAAUUUGCGGCGUCGAGUACCCUGGUUUGCGGAGUGUGGGACCAAUCCGGUGCCACUAGCGCCGGGAGGUGCCUUUCCAUGUUACGCAUCCAUAGAAUAGCAAUAGUGAACUUAAUAAAGCUACCACGGUAUGGGAUAAAAGUAAUAUGUAGACUAAUUGCAUGCGUUUUUAUCGAUUAGAUGUUAUACAAGACCUCGUCAAUAUGGAGAGUGCGAAUUUUUUAGCAUAGGCUGCUUUUUCGACCACCACCGCUCCACUACUGGACAGAAGAAUCUUACAACUUUAAUAAUGAAAUCUACAGAUUACAAAGGGUUAGUACUUAUAAUCAAUGCCCGGGAGUAUAGGCCUCGACAAGACUCUUCCAUUGUACAUGGUUCUGGGCUGUUGUUUUUACGCCGUCCCAUGUGAUGUCGGCAUCUGCUAGUUCGCGCAACAUCGACCUUCGCCAAGUGGUCUUUGGCCGACCGGGACCCCUGCUCCCUUGCACAUUCCAGUCUCUUGAUGUGAUCUGGUGGUUUUUCAAGCGUGUGACCUAUCCAGCGCUAUGGAUAACAUGAAUGCAUAACAACUCGACACACAAUCAUGUGUCAAAAUUUCAAAUCAUUGAUGAAGUUAUGAGUAUUUGGGGGCCCAUUACUCCUGCACGGGUUUCUAAUACCUACUCGACUUCAAAGCGUUUUUCUGGAAGCUGUUAUUUCUGAAGUGUGUGCGCUAUAACUCAAAAUCUACUGAUCCAAUCGUUUUGAAAUUUUGCACUAUACUUUUUUACAUAAUUCUUCAGAAAUCCGUCGGAGCUUAACUG